GCACCCUUUGUUAUGGAAGUCCUUCACAGAGAGGUGUCCCUGCCUGGGGAUGGGACCCGGAGCACCCCGGGGGACUGCUGGCAAGGUCAUACUGCCCACGGGCACCUAUCUGUAUGUCUAGGUCUGUAUCUCUGUAUCUCCAUCUUGUACUUUCUGUAAAAAUAUAUGCUAGAUUUGGACCAUUCAAGUCUCAAGCAGGCUUAAUCCUACAAAACGUCUAAUACUCUGACCCUGAUCCUGCAGAUCACACCGGCAAAUACGACGAGACUGUGUGCACGGGCUGGUGCUGUGACGUGAGGUGAUGGGCUGGCGGUUUUUAAGCAUAUCCGUCAGUGAUGGGUGAACAUAUUUUCUUCUUCCUGCUUCUGGUAGAAUUCGCCCGCAGGGUUUGCGGAGACGAAGCAGGCGUGAUUAGAAGCCCAACCAGAAUAAGCUAGAUAAGUAGCAUUCUUGCACACCUCUUUAUCCUAUAAGGCAGCGUCUGCGGAGGAUUAGGUCUGUAAGAUAAGCAUUAAGGCUUUAAGAGCAAACAAACUGCUUUCUUUGCCUCAUGGUACACCUCCUGUAUCUCCAUGAUGCGGACAGUCUUCAGCCUGGUUCUCGUCAGCUCCCUUCUUAUAAUAAAAAGUGAAGCACUGCAGUGUUACACGUGCGUAGGUUCCAGCGAUGAAGACUGUAACCGACAAGGAACGCAGCAGUGUCCGGGGCACUCAGAUGCAUGCGCGGUCAUUAGAGGACAAGCGAGCGGCGUUAUGAAGUCCUGCUCGUUCAGCUCAUUCUGCGAGCGGGCAAAGAGGGACGGAUCCAGAGCACCCGGAGUGAGCGUCCAGUGCUGCUACUCCAACAACUGCAACGCAAAAAGCCUGGGCUCCAGAGUCAGCACCUCCACGAGCUACUUCUCUCUCCUCCUCGUGUCCUUGUGCUGGCACCCCUUGCUGAAGCUGACAUGAGGGGGAAAAACAAGGUCCUGAAGCAACAAGUCUGCCUUUUUAGAGCAGGGUGAUUGUACUUUCUAAAUCAUGUUACUCCACGUCCCGUAUUUCUCAGUAGGAAAAAAGCAGUAGGCAGACCUGACAGACGAUAAGAUAAACAACGGUUGCAUGUGUGAAUAACGCCCUGACCUACGUGUAAGCAACACCACCCUCUUCUCAUUUAUCCUGAGGGGCUGACCGUGAUAAUACGUAACAUUUUCCCUCAAUGUAGGUAGUAUGUACAAAGAGGAGGAGAAAUCUUAGCUGCAAGUAGCAGCCUUGUAGUAGGGUAAAGGAUCGAUGUGUUCUGGAUGCUGUUUGCUGUUGUUUUGGAAUGUAUGAACGCAUGCCAAGCUAAAAUUUUCAGGCACACAGUGACUGAAAAUUCUAGCAAGCUCGUUAGUUAAUUAG